AUGGGAUUUGCACAGUCUCAUUAUGAUUAUUCCUUGUUUACAAAGAAAGUAGGAAAGGAGUUGCUUGUUAUUCUGGUAUAUGUUGAUGAUCUACUAAUUACUGGCAGUAGUUUACAGUAUAUACAGCAAGUCAGGAAAGAUCUACAACACAACUUUAAGAUGAAAGAUCUUGGUGAGCUAAAAUAUUUUCUUGGGAUUGAAUUCUCUAGAACUAAUGAUGGUAUUCUCAUGAAUCAGAGAAAAUAUGCUUUAGGACUUGUAUCUGAACUAGGAUUAACAGGUUGCAGACCUGCUUCUACUCCUCUAGAAACUAAUCACAAGUUAACUUCUAUUGAGUUUGAUGAAGGUAUAGGAAAAGGUAGUAAUACAGAAGAUACAGUGUUAGAUGACCUUGGAAAAUAUCAAAGGCUUAUAGGGAGGUUGUUAUAUUUAACUAUGACCAGGACAGAUAUAGCCGUUGUGGUUCAAGUGUUAAGUCAGUUUAUGCAUUCACCUAAAACAUCUCACAUGGAAGCUGCUAUUCGAGUAGUGAAAUAUAUCAAAGGAACAACAGGACUUGGUUUGUUUAUGCCAAGUAGUAAAAGUUCAGAGUUAACAGCAUAUUGUGACUCAGAUUGGGUUGCAUGUGUGGAGUCUAGAAGGUCUGUAACUGGAUAUGUAGUGAAGUUUGGGAAUGCUGCAAUAUCAUGGAAAACUAAGAAGCAAAACACUGUAUCCAGAAGUUCUGUAGAGGCAGAAUUCAGGAGUAUGGCUACAACAGUUGCAGAAAUAGUUUGGCUGAAAGGCUUAUUCAAGGAAUUGGGAACAGAGAUCAGGCUGCCUAUAAGGUUGUUUUGUGACAGCAAAGCUGCAAUUCAGAUAGCAGCUCAUCCUAUUUUUCAUGAGAGAACUAAACAUUUCGAUAUAGAUUGUCACUUUGUUAGAGAAAAUAUUGUGGAAGGACUAAUACAAACACACUACAUAAACACUAAAGAUCAGCCACCAGACUUACUCACAAAAGGACUAUGUAAACCUCAGCAUGAAGCUUUUAUUCACAAGCUUGGAAUGAAAAAUAUAUUUUCUUAUUCUAAGCUUGAGGGGGAGUGA